AAACAUACAUAACAAUACAAUGUCAAGAUCCAUCAAAGAGCUUAUUCUCCAUUACGACCCCAUUAAUGAAAGCAAUAUUUUUACUAGUGGGGACAUUGUGGAGGGGCGAGUUGUUUUGGAAGUGACCAAAGAAAUAAAGGUGGAUACGUUUUUUGUGAAGUUCACGGGAGAUGCCAACGUGAGCUGGACUGAAAAAUCCGGUGAUGACGAAACAACCUACAGCGACCAUGACAGAUACUUCAAACUAAAGCAAUACUUCAUUCAAGAAAGCUCGAAAAAUGGACAAAGUGAAAAGAAGACCACUCUUGUAAGUGGAGAGACUUAUGGACCAGUGAUUAGACCAGGAAGUCAUGUUUUUCCGUUCAGAUUUCAGCUGCCUCAACAAAAUAUGCCUCCAUCUUUUAAAGGACAGCAUGGCUCGGUUAAGUAUGUGUUAAUGGUAAAGCUGAAGAGGUCUUGGAAAACAACAUCUACUACAUGUACGGAAAUAUCCUUUUUGCCCAGGAAUGAUGGGACCAAUGAUCAUUUACUGCAACCACAAUCUGGCACAGAAGACAAGAAGAUGAAACUUUUUGGCUCAGGAAAAAUGUCAAUGACAGUAACAGCUGACAAAACUGGCUAUAUGCAAGGUGAAACAAUCAGAGUUUCUGUUGAUAUUGACAACUCUUCAUCUCGUGACGUCAAGCUAAAGUACAGCCUCAAGCAGAAACAGACCUUCAUUGCUGGCAGGAGCACUAAUAACGCACUAAAGUAUAUAGUCAAAGAAACUAAAGAUCACAUCCCAUCUGGAGAAAAGACUAAAUCUGCAGUGGACAUAAACCUUCCAUGUGACCUGACUGUCACCAUUGAAAACUGCAGAAUUAUAAAAGUGCAGUACGAUCUCAAGGUCUAUCUGGAUGUGUCUUUUGCCUCAGAUCCAGAAGUUAUGUUCCCUGUGGUUAUUCUUCCAGCUGACCAACAAUGUCCUCCCUGGCAAGGCCCACCUGGGGGAUUCCAGCCAUAUCCGCCACCUCAGCCUAACCUUGUGCCCUAUCCUGGUGGACCGCCGCCUUCAUAUGCAGAAGUGUACCCCAAUCUGAAUGACCCUUCAGUGCUGCCCUAUCCAGGAGCUGCUGCAGGGCUUUACCCAAAUCCAAAUGCCAUGCUGCCUGUUUUCUAUCCGACUCCAUCUGCACCAGUUUAUGAUCCAAAUCAAAGCACUAAAGAAUCCUCUCCUAAUGUGCCUUAUUAGUCUUGUUCACCAGAAAAACUUCUGACUACCACUUCUGAUGUCAAUUAUAACUUCAUGGUUUUAUCUGCAUGAAUUCAAGCUUGGUGCCUAUUAUUGUGCCUCUUUAAACUUAGGACUGUUCUUAAUGUUACAAGGAAUGUACAGUAUCCACUGCAGU